GAUGCGCUGGAAGCGUAUGGGGAAGCUCUAGGGCUGGCGGACACUGAGCAGCUUUGCAUUCCGCUGCUGGCCAACAGGGCGCUGGCGUCACUGCGAUUGGACCGUUUUUCAGAAGCCUUGGCCGACUGUGACAGAGUCCUGCAUUCGAAACCUGAGCACACCAAGGCUUUGUUCAGGCGUGGGCUAGCUCUGCUUGGGCUCGGGCGGCACAUCGAAGCCGCCAAAUGCUUGGAGGAGGUGAAAAUCUUGGAGCCUCAAAACGAGGAGGUUGCUGCAGCCUUGCGCCGUGCUCAAGCUGCUGCCGCGCACAAGCGGGGGAAAUUCGAUUUCCGCCCGAUGCUUGCGGAGGCCUGCCUUCAGGAAACUUUGCGCCUGGAACACAGCCGACCUCUGAACGAGUUUUGCAACGAUGCGAUGGAGCUCGUGGAGUUCGACCAUGGCCUCGGCUGGCGGGCCAAGCGUGACAUCUCCGAAGGGGAGCUCUUGAUCGUGGGGAAGCCACUUAUCUUCGCCGCAUAUACAGAACUUCGCCAAGGACACCAUCAGGUCCUCGUCGAGAAGGUUCUCGCAGCCGGCGCUCCGCGCGAUGCCUUGUGCAAGCUUUGCGGGCCGCGCGAUGCACUGCCGCCGAACGCAGGCAUCCUUAACGAGGAGACUGCCCGCGAGCUGCUGCGGAGGAACUGUGUGGUCUGCCACACCGGAAUCGGAGUCUGGAAUGAGACCUCGUUCCUCAAUCAUGCCGACAAACCGAACGCAACCCGCUACUUCAUCGCUGAUUGGGUCCUUCUCCGUGCAAAGACAGACAUCUCUGCAGACUCGGAGAUCACCAUCUCGUACAUCGAUGCCUGUGCCGACUAUGCCCUCCAGGCCUCCUGGUUGGAGAGCCUGGGGGUUUUAGACUCGGCCUUGCAAGAGCGUGCCCGGCGCUGGCAAGAGAGCGACCCCGAGCUUCUAAGUCUCAAGCAGAGCCUCUCCAGCGGAUGCUUCGAAAGCUCCGGAAAAGGAGGGCCUUUGCAGGAGAAGAAGCGCUUGCUGCAGCAGUUCCACGCCGAAGCCGGCUCCCUUUGGUGCUGGGGCCAGGUUGUGCAGUGGCUUCGGGGCAUAAAGAUUGCAGCUCAGAGCUCAGGAGAGAAGGGCCUGGCCCUGGGUGCAGCUUUGGCCUGCGCUGAGCUUCUGUCGCGACACCUGGAAGCUAAGCAGAACUUGGAAGUCCACGACAUGCAGAUCCUGGAGGCAUGGGCAGACUGUGCGGCUAUGCUGAUGGACCUGCCUGAAAGCAUCUCCUCUUCGCCCGACUUCGCGCAGGUGAUGGGCCUGUGCAUCGACGAAAUGCAGGAUAACAUUGAGUUCUUCUUUGGACAGACCAGCGUUGAAGACGUCGACUUCUCGACCCUGGUUCUUGAGUGGGCUACGCUGCGCUGGUUUCACUCCGCCCAGGCGGCGGCUGCGUCCAAUCCGCCCCAGGAACGCGUGAAGAGCCUUUACGCGGAAGCCAUACCUCCGGAUCCUGUCUCACAUGCGAGGGUGGAAUGGUUGUCGAGGACCAUCAGCAAGACCUUCGAAGCAGUCGAUCUCGACAUCCCGACAAUUCCUGACUGCUCCACAGAUUCACAGGAAUUCGUUCCUUCCUCAAUCGUUGCUGCAUGUUGUCAGUUUCGCCUGGAGAAGCACUUGUUUGGAGCGUUUGCGCUGUCAGUUCCAUUUGCUCCCAGUAGGUUCGCCCCAGAGUGCUUCGACCAGGAGACCUUUGCAGAAUUCACCAACCAGUGCGGCAAGUUCCGACUUUACUAUUCCAUGUUUGGAAAGGAGGAGUGGUGGUGGAUCAUGGACGACUCCCUGGAAAGUAUCGGCUCCCAGUUGAAUAACCGAGGCUACUGCGUCCUAGACCGAUUCCUUACCGACUCCCAAGCCCUGGAGCUCAAGAAGGAGGUGGCCGAGUGCCAUGCGCAAGGGCGCCUGGAAGCCGGCGGCCUCGUGAAUGGGAAGCUGCCUUCGGCCGACGACGCGAAGUAUGCCGACCGAGCCACCCGAGGGGACGUCAUCGGUUGGUUUGAUAGCAGCCAGACGGAGUGGCCCCACGGGAGAGGGUUGGAAGGCUACUUGCUGAAGCUGGGCACCCUUGUCUCUGAGCUGCAGAAGACAGUGCCAGAGCUAUCAAAGAUUACCUCACGUUCGAAGGCCAUGGUCGCAUGUUAUCCUGGACAAGGGGCACGAUACAUCAAGCACGUCGACAACGAUGGCAAGCAUGCCCUUUGCAAAACCCGGCUUCUCACGGCGCUGAUCUACCUGAAUGAUGGGUGGGAGGAUGGUGAUGGAGGUGAGCUUGCGAUCUUCAAAGCUGAUGAUGAGAACGCUCUUCGCAGAGUCGUUCCCCCGGUUGCGAACCGUGUCCUCCUUUUCUGGUCUGAUUGGCGGACACCCCAUGAGGUUCGGCCUUCGGAAAAGCUGCGAUACUCUGUCACUCUUUGGCUGCUGGAUAACACGAAGAAGAGCCCUGUGGCCGAAGAGGGCUACAGCCAGCCACAGCCUUCCGCCUUCCCAAAUUCUCUAGAUCUGCAGCACGAGUGGUGUGAGCAGCCGGGGCUUUGGGAGCUCAAAGUGCAGUUCCCUGGCACGGAUUUGGUCGAAUGCCCCGCGCUGGAGCUGUCCGAUGCCCAGGUCCGGCUCGUGCGCGCGGGGGAGGCGGUUCUUUGUCUUCCCCUUCCGGCGGACACGGCUGCAUCUCCGGCCUCUAAGUGGUCCAAGAAGAAGCGCACUCUGACAAUUCAGUUCCAGCGCAACACUGCAGUGCCGACUUCACUUAGCUCGGAAUCCUGUUCCGUUUUCGCAGAUCAUCUCGCAUCCCACGGCUGGGGCAUUAUCGAUGGCUUCUUGCCAGGUCCCGAGGCAGACGAGCUGAGGCGCUAUGUGCUUGAGCAGAGGUCGUUGGGGAAGCUCCAGACAGGCAAAAACUCUCAUGAGGGUCCCAUCAAAUCUCCAGAGGACCUGAAAAGUGGAGACAGCCAGCCCAUGAAGAAUGAUGAGUACACUUUCUGUGAUUCAGAAAGCAUGCAAGCCCCAUGCUUGCGGGAUCUGACCCGUCGAUGCAACCAGUUGCUGGGUAAGCUUAUGGUUAGCUCUGGUCCAAACUUAGCAAAGCUCCGGGAUAUCAACCUCUUGCAGGGCCAUCCCAUGAUGGCGGUUUACCCCGGGAAUGGAUCAGCAUACGGCAGGCAUCUGGAUUCCACUGCUGGCGGCCGAGGUGCAAACGGCAGAGUGCUGACUCUCGUCCUGUACUUGAACCCUUCCUGGCGUGAGGCCCAUGGAGGCUGUCUGCGGAUUUUAAAGCAGCUGGCUGACGAUGGCAAGUCCGGCACAAAUGUGGAACCGCUGCAUGGUCGACUCAUUGCAUUCUUCUGUCAAGACCAGAACCCCCACGAAGUCCUUCCAGCUUGGGCGGAACGUGUUGCGGUCACGAUUUGGUACUAUGACGGAGAUCGCCUGAAAGAGCGCUGUCUGGGCGACGAAGCGGCCCUUACUGGAGUCUUUGAAGGCGGCUAG